AUGAUGUUUUUCUUAGUAAUUUUUAGCCUUUAUACAAACAUGAGUAAAUAAAUUGAACUACUAUUUAUUAGAUGCUUUAAAAGUUUAUCAAGAAUUGAAUGAUAUCUCACUUACUUAAUCUUCAAAUAUUAUGAGCUGUUCUAUACUACCUAAAAUUGAUUAUUAUUAUCUUAGUUAAUCAUAACCAAAUGUUAAUUACUAAAUGAAAAUAAGAGAAUCUCAUUAUGCUGUCGAUAUCUUUGUUGAUUUUUAUUUAAUAGACGAAUACAUUAAUAAACCUAUAAACAUUUUACUAGAUAACAUCUUGAUUGAUUAAUACUCUGUUGAGAAUGACCAUUCAGUACCAUUUUGCAAUAUGUAUAUGAUUCUAAUAGUUAAUAGUUUACCAUCUUAGAUUAGUACUUAUUUUAAGACUUAUACACAUUAUUAACAAGAGUUAAACUUAGGAUUUUAACUUGAAAAUACAAAUAGUUUUACAUUAGGAAUUAGAAAUAUUUAAAUAAUUCCAAAAUAAUGUCAUAAAUCAUGUUCAUAAUGUAUAGGACCUGAAAAGAACUAAUGUAAAUCUUGUAAUUUAGGUGCUUAACUUAGUAAAAUGACAAAUGAAUGUAAAUGUCCUUCAAUUACACCUUAUUUAAGUUUAUAAUAAAAUUAAUGUUUAAAGAAAUGUGAUUCAAAUGAAUAUUUUGAUAAAGUACUUGAAAUGUGUAUAUAUGAUGAUAGUAAUAAAAUGAUAUAAAUUUAGAGAUUGAAUAAAUGUAAUUUUACUUUUGGAAUACAUAUGAUUUUACUGGAUGGUCAAUGAUGGAAAAUGGGAAAGCAUCUCCUUUAGAUAGUAAAUAAUAUAUGAAUAUGAAUGGAAAAGGUGUAGGAUAAUUCUUUGUUAGUUAAUCAAUAAAUUAUAAAUUUAAUAACGUUUACAAUUAUCAAUUAUUACGUAUAAGAGCAGAUAUUUAUAUUUUUAAAUCUUAAUAGCAACCAGAAAUUUAUGUUCAAGUAGACAAAAUAAAGAAACUUGUUUCACCAUUACAUUAUUACAAUGAAACAGAAUUGAAUGGAUAUUUAUUAUAUCAUAUAGAUUAUACUAUUGAUGCAUUAUCUAUUUCUAAUAUUACAAUAAUUGUUAUAAGUAAUCAAAAUUUAUAAUGGGGAAUAAACUAAAUUAUAAUCAAUACAAUAAAUUGUUAAGCUAAUUGUAAUUCUUGUUUAACUAAACUCAUAUGUGGUGUAUGCAAAAUUGGAUAUUAUUUGUAUAAAGGAAAAUGUGUCACAAUAUGUCCAAAUUAUUCUACUUUAGAGGGUUUAGUUUGCAAGGAUAUUACAGAAUAAUAUUAAUUAACUACAUAUUUACUUAGAGCUUUUUAUGAUAAUCUUAUUAUAAAUUUUAUGGUGUAGAAUACAAAAAGUAUUACAACAUUUUAUUAAAAUCAAUUUGGAACUUAUUAUAAUGGUGUUAGAUAUUUUGGUGGAUUGAAGGAUAAUAGUAAUUAAUAUUUUUUUAAAUAAUUCAACAAUUUACCACCUCAUUAUAAUAUUAUUUUAUAGUUGAAUGUAAUUACAUUUGAAUUUACUAAAUUAUUACCAAAAGGAAAGUAAAAACCAUAACCUAAUAUUGUUUCUAUCUUUAUUGAUAAUUAUUAAACAAAAAAUAUUUAAUCUAUGAAUGAUCAAAUUUAAUUGUUAAAUAUAGAACAUAAACAUUCAUUCAAUAAUUUAACUUUAGCUAUGAUAUCUGUUCCAAUUGUUAAUACAUAUUUUAGUUUUGGAAUUUCAAAUAUUAAUAUUAUGAUUUAAAGAUGUUAUCCUUUAUGUAGAUCUUGUAUUGGUCCUAAUUAAAAUGAUUGUACUGAAUGGAUAAUUGAAUAGAAUUCUUAAAAUCAAACUUGUAAUAUUGGUUAUAUAUUUGAUAUGGAAUAAUAAAAGUGUUUAUUAUGUCCAAUUGGUUGUUAGAAAUGUUCAGAUUAAGUAACAUGUUUGAAAUGUGAAGAUUCAUUUAUAUAAUAGGGAAGUAGUUGUUAUUGUUUAAAUGGAUAUAUUGAUGAAUUCACUUUUGAUUGUAUAGGUAUUUUAUUAUUAAAUCAUUUUAGUAAAUCCAAUUAAUCCAUUAUGA